AUGGUCGAGAAGAAGGCGGCGGCGGCGGCGGAAGCCUCCGUCCUACUCCGGCGCAGGCUCUGCGACAGCGCAUUUAUCUUCGCCCCUCUUAGAUCCUCUCCGGACGGUAACUACAGGUUUGUCAUGUUUUCAUCCGUUUUCGUGCUUGUAUCUCGUAUAUUUUUAUUUUUCCUUUCAUGUCUCGGUGGUUUUCCCUAACAAUCAACAAAAGGAAGAGCCAUUUUGAUGGCUUCUUAUCUCUGUUGAUCUCAGCAAGUUGAAGUUCCUGAUUUCUAACUCCAUCACUGAGGCCUGCAACAACUCCGUCCUAAUACUUGGGCCCCGUGGAUCCGGAAAGAAUGCUGUACGGCGACCUUUCCUCAAGAGUUUCUUUAACUGAUAAUCCCUAUUGUUUGGUCAUUUGGUUGAUGUCUCUCAUUUUUGGAUUGAAGGUGCUGGAGCUUGUUCUUGAAGAUCUGAGGGGGGAAUAUCAGGAUAUGAUCUCUGUGGUCUGGCUUCUGUACAAAUCUCACUUUCUCCCUUGGCUUUGCUUGCUAUCCUUCAUUUUGUGCAUUAGAAAGCUUUCAGUUCAACUUCUAACUAUUUUAUAAUCGGGAUGAUCUUAGGUGAGACUGAAUGGGUUAUUGCACGGCGAUGAUAACUACGGCAUGAAGGUUAGUUUCUUUGAAAAAAAAGUUCCCCUUUUUCUUCGGUUUAAUUGUAAAAUGAAAGGUGUCGCCUUCCCAGGACGUGUUAUUGUAGAAGUACUGAUUCAUAGAGAGAUGAUGUUCCUUGCUUUUGUUUGACUCUGGGUUGAUAAUUUAGUUAUGUUGUGCAGGAAAUUGCACGACAAUUAUGUUUGGAGCAUGGUUUGUUGUUCUCAAAAAUCGUAUGCUCUCAUAUGCUUGUUAGUUUGUUAUUCAAGUUCGUUUAAUUUUAGGAUGAAAUCUCAUAAAUGUUCAAGGUUUUGUGGUUCCAAAUGCUUUUCAUUUCUGUGUAGGCUUCGUCGGAUGACAACUCUAGGUUCCUGAUAGAUAUGUUACGGUAUGUGAAAAAUUGUAAAUUAAUGUAUAUUAGAUCUUGAUUUUUUUUUACAUUUUCUCUCAUUUGAUUUGGGUAGAGAAAUUUGCACUCAAAUGACUAAUUUUUUAAUUCUAAACUCUUCUAUUUCUUGAACUUUAUCCUACAGAGAGUGCGGUUUAGCUCACAAAACGGUCAUCUUUGUAUUGGACGAAUUUGACCUCUUUACACAGGUCCCUUUGUAUGGAGAAUGUUUUGUGUUACUAUUUCUUAUAUAAUUAUUUUAUUUUAUUUACUGAAAGAUAUUUAUUUUUUAAAUAAUUAUAGGGAAAGCAGCGUCUUCUCUAUGGCUUGCUUGAUGCGAUGCAAUCUCUAGUUUCGCAGUCUGUUGUUAUUGGUGUCAGCUGUCGCUUGGUAUGGAGCUUCUCACCUGUACAUUCUUGCUUCUCUUGAAUUUUCCAUGUGAAGAAGAUGUUGCGAUUGAUUCUAUUUAACGUGCUGUGGAAGGAAUUUGGAAUCUUCUGUUCACGCCGAUCUGCUGAAUGACAAUGCCUACUUUUGGAACACUUGUCUUUGGAAUGAUAAUGUAUUGAGUUAGCUUGUUUGCAGGCCAGAUAGCACUCGGGGAGUAAAAAUCAUAGAAAAGUUGUAUUCAUUGGAGUAUUUGGGGAUUCGUCUGGUUUACUGUGGCAGCUGAUGCCUUAUAUGUGUCAGGGCUUUAAAAAUUUAUGACUGCUUCGUCUGUGUUUUCCCUUUUAAAACUGGAACGCUAGUCUCUUUAUGCACCUUUCAUUAUAUUCUUGUUUAAUAUUAGGAAGAGAUUCUUUCUUUUUGAUAGAAAAUGAGUUUUUUACGUUUAGAGAACAUCUGAUCUUUUACUUAACUGCAUUGGAGAUAAUGUUGUGAUGUUGAAGUAGUUCCCACACGUCUCAAAUCAGGGAAAGAUGAGCACUAGGGUUGUUUGAGUGCCAAACGUACUGAUAUUAUUUACCCUCUUUUGGCGUUAAACAGCAUCUAUUGCACUGGAUCUGUUAGUCUAUUAUGUUUAAAAGGUUAUCGAACUAAUCAUAUUUAUUUGUUAGCUCUUCAUAUUUAUUUGCCUAACCUCUUCGAAAUGUGCCUUAUUAAGUCUGUUCGGGAUGCUGGCACGAUGGUUAUUAUCAGCCCAACCAUCUGAUCAGAAACUCCAGCCCAAACAAGUUUUAAACAGUUCACAUGCCAAUUUUGGGUGUUCAUCAGUCAGGAAGGGGUGCUGCCUCACGUAGGUACCAGUAUCUAUCCUUGGAUCCCAGAUUAAAUAUCCCAUAGUGUUUCUGAGGAGGGAUGAAAUAUUCUUCUCUGCCGUUACCUGAAAGGGUUUACAUGCAUUUUCUGGGUAGUUUUCUAAGUCAUUAGACCUUUACUAGGUUGAUGAGUUCACAAGGUGAGGGAGAAACGUCCUGUUAUCCUAGAGCAGAGAGUUUCUUAGGCAUCAAAAUGGGACUUACAGGUAACUAAUGCUAUACGUGACCUAGCCACAUGUAGCCAGGAACAAUUCUGCAGAUGAAUUUUCUGCUUCCUUGAGAUACUUCUCUCAAAAACUAACGUAUCAUUUAGCAAUCAAGUCCGAACUAGGUAAAAAAGUCCGUACACUGGAUUAUAAUUCUUGGAAAUGUAAUGCUAAUGGUAGUCGCUUACUUGAGUUUAUGCUAAGACUUGUCAUGAACUGUGUAAGAGGGAUCAACAAAUAUGAGAGGGAGGGACUACGCACCUAAAGUCCUGGCAUUCUAAAAACAAUGAAGGAACCAAUACAAUCUGAUGUGUAGAAGCUAUCGGCCAUACAUAUGAAGGGCAGAUUUGGAUUGCCAAUACAAUCUGGUGUGAAACCGAGAAGUUUCUGCCAAGAUCAUAUCUGAUUUUCGUCACAAAUGGGAAAGGAAAGCUCCAUUACGAGCUGUAGUACGUAUGGUAAGUUUGACACCUAUGCAUGCUAGAUGUCACCAGAACUGUUCCACAGCUAGUAACCUUAAUUCAUGCUGAUAGGUGGACUGUGUUGUGUUUCUCUGAUCAUAUUAAUGAUGUCGUUUUGACAAUCAUAAAAGGUUGACAGCAUAAAAAAUGAACAGAUUUACCUGGAAGUUACUUCUUGGCUUCAACGCUCUUCAAAGUCUGCUGUGUCACGGUUUAUUUUUUUCACCGUUGGCAGGCAUAUACGUGAACUUAAACCCACGUUUAAAGGAGAACCAAUUAUUACAUAUAAACAAAUUUGACCAUUUAGCUUGGAAAUUCUGAAAACUCAUAAAUCUUACGUUUUCGUUUUGAUGUUGUAUGAUUGAUUACUCGUGGCUCUGUACCAGGUGUAGAACUGCCUGUACAUGAAAGUAUAUCUAUAGAUAUGUUGGCAUGGUGAAUGUUAUUAUUUUUUUUGAAGCUUUAAUCCAUACGCACGUGUCAUGAAUUCUGCUUGAAAAUUGAGAUAUGAAUAUACUUUCUUUCUAGUCAGUAUUUCAUUUGUAUCACUGUUAUUCCUCUUACAUGUAAAAUGUUUUUUUAGGAUGCUGACCAACUUUUAGAAAAAAGAGUAAGGUCGCGUUUCUCGCAUAGGAAACUUUUGUUUGUUCCUCCCUCGGUGGAAGAUCUACAGAGGUAUGGUUUGUUCUCAUCUGUAAUGUUUUUCUAGUUGGUGAUUCAUACCACUAUUACAAAGGAACAGAAAGUAGGGUUAACGAAAAACAAAACAAAGUGAGAAGAAAGAUGCCGCAGAAAAUAACAGAAAGAUAGAAAAAACCACAUUUUUUAUCCCCUCAUCUAAGAGGAUCGUAUCUGAAAAAGAGAAAGAAUGAUAUUCCUAUUUCUAUCUUGGUUAAUUUUAACGGGAAUGCUUGAAGGUCAUCUCCUGUAUCUUUCACGCAUCGCUAUUGACUGUCUGAAAACAUGCAAUAUUACCGUUUCGGCCGUGGCUUUCUCUUUUCUGAAACUCUAGUAGAAUUAUGCUUCUUCCCUCCAUCAGUUCAGUAAUAUUUGGCUAAACACUGACUUGAUUACGGACUUUUAGGAAUAGAUCUUUCAAUGGAAAAAAGUGUCGGUGGUCUCACAUCCCGCAGAUAGAUGUCGGUGGUCUCCUUUGUAACCCCAAAAAAUGUUGUUUUGGAUGCUAUCUCGCUCCUACCUGCUAUCUAAAACUGUAUAAAAUUUUCUUGAAGAUGUAGUUGUUGAGGACUAUGCAUUUGAUACUUAUUGUGUGUUUCUGCCGUUGAUUUCGCAGAUUGGUAGAGCGUAUAUUAUAUUUACCUGCAGACUUCAGCUCCCCAUGUGAUUUCGUCACGGAAUUCAAUUCGAAACUUGGUGUAUCCUUGUCGCUCUAUAUUUUUGUGCCUUUGAAAAUUGAGACAUUUUAUGAUCUUUUGAAGCAGGGGACGUAGUGAUGUGUCCGACAUUUGGUCAAGCUCCAUUUCUUUUAGAAAGCUCGUGUCAAAUAUCCCUGUCACAUGUUCUCAAUUUCUUUCUUCAAGCUAGUGGGAGCAUGCCAUCGUUCUCGCUAUCAAACUAAUCUAUUUAAAUUAUAGAUUAUGUUUUGGAAAUUGUUAGAUCAUGACUGCCAAAAUCGUCAAUUGUCAAUUUUUGUGUUUUUCUGUUGAAAUGUGCUGAAAAUAGUUUCCUUUGUCAGUUUAGCUUCUUUGAACAUCCUCAGAGAAUCACUUCUGAUCAUGAAAUAUGUGAUUAUGUUUGAUACUGGGGACAAAAAAAGCUAUCUUGAAAAGAAAUGUCUUUUAACUGUUAAAAUGUUUUGCUUUUCUUCGGCAAUUGAGAGUUUGGAUGAUCAUAAUGGGAAAUCCUGUCCAGUGUUUCAUCAUCCUCUGACAAUUAAGAUUAAAUUCGGAAAUGUUUGACAAGCAUUUUACAUUCUCUCUUCUAAUAUAUUACGUGCUGAUUGUGCUAGCUUCUUCAACUGUUCCCUUAGCAUUCCACAGAAAAUUUUCGUUGACAAAAAGUUCAAAGAUGUACUUGGUUCAGUGUCUAAUGUAGAUGGCAGCAUCAGCAAUCUCCUGCGGUUUUUGUAAGCUUUAAUUAUGGGGAUUUCAGACUCAAAUACUAAUUUAAUCUUUUAUCUUUUUGUAUUGAAGCCUUGAAAAUUAAUCUAUUAUCAUCAGAUUUCGGGUUGUAUCUUCAUUGGAUCUGGAAUCAGGACUUUUGUCACUGGAUAACUUCAAGACUGCGAGUUUGUCAAUCCACAGGCAUCCAAAGAUGGAAAAUAUUCGAAGUAGGUCUCAGCUUGAAUUUUCAUAUAUGAGAUUCUUUGUUAGGUUAGACUAUUCCACUCCUGAAUUUCAGGAAGAUUUGUUUUCGUUGAAGUUAUAUUUAACUUGGUAAAUACAUUCUUCAUCAUGUUUUGUUUAAUCUAGAGCAUGAAUAAAUGUGGCAGUUGCACCAUUAAGGUAUAAUAUACCUGCUUGGAGAGCACGUAUUUCUUCUGUCAGUUCAUUACGCCGACCCAUUUGACCAGGAAGAUGAUUCUUUUCUUUUUAUCCAUCCACCCAAUCACAUACUACAUUUAUGUUAAGGUUUGUAAUAUCUUUCUGGAUUCUCGAUGUUCAUUAAUGGUCUUCUUCCUUCCACCAAUUGAUAAUCUUACCUUAUAGUUGUUCAUGUCAUUUUCAUUGCUUGUUAUUUGGAAACUCUUUCUUGGAGUUUAUUAUAUGCUGUUAAUUUACUAGCAAGGUCGGCUGAGCAGCUGGCAUUCUAGAACUUGUAGAGUUAGAAACCUAAGUCAGGACAUGGUGAAAGGGAUGUGACUCGACUUGUCUUGAACUGACAAAAUUAUUCUUGCAAAUAAAUUUAUGUUAAAUUACUAUAAUCUCUCCGAAUUUUUUUUUUGACUUCGUCAAUCCUAAUUUUUUGUUCAGGAAUCGAAUCUCGGAAACAAGCCAAGUCAAGUUAACAUGCCCUUUCCCUAUAAUCUCUCUUGACCAGUCAUUUGAUAAGAUCAUAAUAUGAUCUUAAUAUUCUUAUGUUUUUGUCACAUGAGGAGAAACGCUUAAAUUCGUACGCCUAAUUUAUCUAACUCUUCACCAUGUUACCAACUUUUCUAAUGAUAAAGCAUUUAGCUCAUUUAAUGUUCUGUUUCACUCAUCUUUCAGUUUCCUUUUGAUUCCAUCUUUUACCUCAUAUGUGUGAAGGAGUGGUUUGUUAUAGUUUAAAAUUUAUACUGUAGGAACCCGUGAAGGAUUGAAAUCAUCACUUGAAAAUUACUUCUGUAUGUGGAAUGUGAAGCUACUGAAACAGAAUGAUCGGCAUGUUUCCGCUUUUGUGUUGAAAAUGAAUAGUCGACAUCUUUGAGUCGCUUAUAGAUUGAGUUAUAGAAUCCUCUUUUGUUUUCUCUGACUUGAAUUCAGCGAGAAAAAGAAAAUAAACUGAAUUAAGUAAAUCAUCCAUCUCAUUGAGCAGGUUUAAAUGGUAAAAUUGGUUUUGUUGGUGUUAUUUACCCCGAAAUGUUUUCUCCAGCCUGCUCCUAUCGUCCUCAUAACUGGCUUUUGUGUCAUAGGUCGUCAGUUUAUCAAUGAUCCCUUUAAGAGUAUUUGCUUCCAUAUAGUGGCUCUGGUAUUGUAUCAUCAUUUAGUUAACCAUAUUAAACUGAUUGCGGCAGAUAUACAUGGGACUUUGGAUGAAAAUACAUGCAAGUAAACAUAAAAAAUCUUGUACACUCACCAGUGUCCACCUUGGCCUGAUGAGUAUGGUAAUCGAGAAAGUUUGGAAUGAAGGAUUUUUUUUAAUAUUUCUCUCUUAACAAUAAGUGAGCUGAUUGGCACAACAAGCUCCCUUUAAUUAACUUGUCUGGGUCCAAUCGGAUAAUGUCUCUAUUUCUUUUAAUCUUCUGGCUAAACUAUUGUGUUACGACCAGAUGCGUCCAUUUUGGAGCUCUAUCUUCUGGUGUGCAUGCAUAGACUUGAAGUCAAGGAACAGAACUCGUACAAUUUCAAUUCAAUAAUGAAAGGUGAGAUAAUUGCGAUAUUAAUUCUUCAUUCAUAUUUUAUUUUUUUUACAUAAUCUUGGAUAGCAGAUAUUGAUUGGUUCACGUUUGUGACCAGAAUAUAAGGCUAUACAUGAUGCCUACAAGUCUUCUGACUGCCGGGGGGGCAAUGCCUGUUUAAGGGUGCGCAUCUCUUUGAAUCUUAAGAGAAUUUUAAGUAAUAUUCCUAAAGCUUUCCAAUGUUAUGCUCGAAUGUUAUGCAGGCGUUUGAGCACCUACUGGAACGGGAAUUAAUUAGCUUUACUGACACCCGAAGAGGGGGGUUAUCUAUUGAAUAUCGACCUGUGAAACUUCUGGUCUCACCUCAUGAACUCCAUCAAGGGCUGAAAUCGUAUCCUUCAUGUCCUGUAAGUUGGUUGGGUGUUGUCAUAUUAUGUUAUGCUCCAUGGCACUCUCUGUGAACUCCACAAGGAUCAAAGCUAGCGAAGUUGGCCCAUGGGUUUUGGGGGGGGCCGGGAGUUGUUUGUUUGUUCAUAUUCUACGAUGCUCAUUUCGAUUGCCCAUGGCAGGUUAUACUACAGAAAUUGUUGAACCACGAGACGUAUAAGUGA